AUGUCAACCGAAGAUGCUCCUUGGAUCCUCGCCCUCGAUGGAGUCGAAUGCCGCAUCUGCGGACAUUCGAUAAAGCUCCAGUAUGCCGCAGAAGACCCCAAAGGACCAGGAGCAUGGCGAGGAUACUCCCAAGAUUUACAGUUAGCAUCUCAACAGCCCGUACCGCAGGCCCUUGUACCUGCUGAGCUAUGCUCCUCGACCUUCCAUAGCGAAACUCGAACCAUGCACGCAGCGUGUUGGAAGAUAAUCGAGGGCAUCUGGAAAUCCGAGUUCACAAUGGCUGAAUUGGACGGUUUUCUCGAUGUUUCAUCGGAUCUCGCACCUUUCCUGCCUGAAAUGCCCUACAAAGUGUCCCCGAUCGAGAUCGACGCGGGCCUUACAUGGGAAGGAUCAGGACAAACAUCUCAUCGAAAUGGCAUCACGAUUUCCGCUUCUGAGGGGUUUUUAACCACCUUGGAAACUGAGGGAUUAGAAAAGCCUUUGCUCCCCGAUAUGAGGUAUCAUGCUCUCCCGCCGGACUUGGACCGCCAUGUUCGCCGAUGGCUCUCGGACUCUGAAGCCGAGGACGUUGAAUCCCUGCGGAAUCCCACUUUGGGUUAUUGGUCAUCGGUCGCAAGGAUGUUAGAGAACCAUCCUCAAUUCUCGAACGUACCUCCUGCAGAGGUCGCAGAGGAUAUUACCCAAACUCUGAAACAUCUCUAUGACAGAGGGCUCGGUUGUUUUCCUCAUCUGGCCAACUACGAUGCGGUGCAUGCCAACGCGAUGACGAUCCUUCUAACGCUACUAAAGCUCCCACUUGAAGAUAUCCAGGGGGCGCCCGAUCUGAAAGGGAAGAGAGCGAGGCUGCAGUUGUCAAGAAGUAUACAGUUGCCACCCGCCCUAGACACGCCUGCAAAGCUGAAAUUGCAGUUAUCGACCCUCCGUCGACAGAAUUAUGCGGAGGGAAGCCCCAAUCGGAGUAACUUACGUGUAGGUAUGAAAUAUCUGCAUGACAUCUGGUUCGGCCCACCAGAUGCAGAUAUCGCAGCAGAGCCUGGCGACGUGGUCGUGGAGGUUCCUUCUUUCGCGGGUCUGCGCUUCGUCAGGGAUCACCUAGGGGUCUUCGCCGUGUUGGCCAAGCAGGGCGAAAUGUGGCAUUCGUGCUGGCAGCAGGAUCCGACGGUCAGGUGGCAGGAAGGAAUGCCGGGGACUGAAAGCACGACGGUAGUUGAAUGGCAGGCAGGGAUGGGUCAGCCAUCUUUCUUGAUUGCAUCCGACACAUAUCGAGAUCUUAUGCUGUUGGACCAAAACAGCAGCAAAAAAGAAAAAAACAAUUCAAAACGGAAGAAGUUAAAACAAUUGUUUAAACUGUCCAAAGAUUAA